AUGAGAGACACUACGGACUUGCUAUCAAUUCUGACUACUCUAAGCGGGCCGAAUCCUUCACGAGAAUCAAUGCGCCGGUAUGACGGGUGCAUGCAGAACCCCUGGGACGACAUCGCGAUCCAGUACGUGCUGGUGUGCACACACGUCGCGAAGAAGCGGUACAUCGAAGCGUUCAAGGAGGAAUCACAGCUCGUAAUGUUCUUCAUGCGGUUCUUCACCGAGAACCGAGGGUGGACGCUGCCUGCGCUGUUCUCAAUCCUGCGCGACCUGAGAGACCUCGCUAUCGAUGCGGACUCGCAUGCGAAGUACAACAAUCAGAAGAGCGACUGCAUGGAAGAAUCAGCGAGGAUAAUCGCGAAAGCCUUUGGGAACUGCAUGACGGACAGAACGUCACCUCCCGACCAAUCAAGAAAAUGGGGUGUCUACUACGUCGUCGGGCUCGUGUUGAAAUCAUACUUUCGGGUUAAGCGGAUAUCCCUAUCCAAAAACAUCCUUCGCGCUCUGGACGCCAACACUGACAUUCCUCCGCUUUCCGCUUUCCCCAAGUCGCAUCAAGUCACUUAUAGGUAUUACAUCGGCAUGCUGAGUUUUCUGAAUGAAGAGUUCGCCAAGUCUGAGGAAGAGCUAACCCUUGCUUUUUACAACUGCCAUAUUGGCGCACACAGCAAUCAAGAGCGAAUUCUUGCAUACCUAAUCCCACUCCGGAUCCUCAAAGGUCACCUCCCAUCAGUAGAGCUGAUGAAACGCUUCCCUGUCCUCGACGAGAUCUUCGCACCCUUCAACACGGCUAUUCGACAAGGCGACCUCGCAGGAUAUGACAGGGCAUUGGAGAAGUGGGAGACGCGAUUGCUAGAGCUCAAUUUGUGGUUCUCGCUCGAGAAGGCGCGAGACCUUUGUUUGAGGGGGCUGUUCCGCCGAGUCUGGGUUGCCUCAGAGAAAGCGACGCGUAUUCCUAUCUCUAUGUUCCACACAGCACUCGCCAUCUCAGGGAACGAAGUGCCUGAAGAAGAAGCAGAGUGUCUCGUUGCGAACAUGAUAUACAAGGGAUUCAUCCGCGGAUAUAUCAGCCACGAAAAACAGAUGGUCGUCCUAGCGUCGACAAACUCUUUUCCAAGGCCAGCGGACCGGCCGUCACCUCUUGCAAACGUAUAA